AUGUUUGGCGGCAUGUCGCAUCAUGUUUUCCAACCAGUCCUCCCGCUGCUUGUCAAGCAAAUCUGUUAUGUUUGGCGCCAUGUCGCCUUAUAUCGAACCCUUCAAAUGGCAGCCGAGGGGCGCACUCUAAUACGAAGGCAUGCCUGGCACUUCUCCCCGGCUCACACCGAUCGCUGGAAUCAGUCUGGUCAAGCCAUGGCCGAAAACCUCAAAGUGUCGACAAGCAAGUGGGGGGGUGAUCACCUCGACCGCUACCGCCUGAAAUUCCCUACGAGCAGCAGCGGUGAUAUCCCGGUCCGCCUCAGGAAAGUCCACAACGAUGGUACACGCAACUGCUGUCCUCGCAAGCCGGGCCAGAAUCCCAUUGGUUUUCCGGCCAUGGACUCGGGGGCCGUCAAUGCCCUCUUGAAUGACUUUCCAAAGCUCACAUACCAUACCUCUCCGCUUCUUGUGAGCCGCCGCCGCAGUCGCAUCACCAAUCUUGUCCUUGCUAUGCUGCGUGCAAUCCAGUUCCCUGGUGAUCAAAAGCCACAGUCAAAGGAAGAGGAAGAGGAAGUCCCUCAGUCUCGUCCAAAGCGGGAUGUCAAACCCCCGGAGCGAUUUGCGGGCAUGGUGCCCACCGAGCAUGCGGAUCAAUAUAUUCUCCUGGCGCAGCACAAGAGAGAACUCACAUCGUCCGACUCGUCAAACUCCAUCGCCUCAUCAGCUACGAUGGGGUCCUCCCACAGCGUGUUCUCAGAGAGUGUGGCCGACAGUGUGGUCGAAGCGGACAAGGGACAACUGACAUCGUCCGACUUGUCAAACUCCAUCGCCUCAUCAGCUACGACGGGGUCCUCCCACAGCACGUUCUCAGAGAGUGUGGCUAACAGCGUGGUCGAAGCGGACGAUUUCAUGCUGCGACGGUCUCUUCCAGAGCAGAUAACUGAGGUCUUGAACAUUCAGCUCUUCGACUUUCUGCUCCACCAGUGCCUUCUCCCCGAUAACGAAGAGACCACUGCGAUGAGCCUCGACAAAGGCGCCAAGACUGACACCGUGCCAGCCGAUGGGCAUGCUAAGUACGACCUGCGGCUUGAGCACCAGACACGCAAGAUUCCAACAAACCCCAUGGGUAUUGACGGAGAGUCUGUGAAGUCCCAAGACGACGGCGGCCUGAUCUUGCGCGAAUACACUGGUGGUCGAUGGGUUGUGCGGGACGACGCUGUGGCUCUGUUCGAGACUAAGCGUGCGUUACUGCCGCUAAAGGAGGACCAUCAGCUUGAUGACAACAGUGUCAAAGGGAAGGAAUUGCUGGCACAAUCUUUUGGCGAGGCGGUGUCGGCAUUUGCGGAUGAAGGUAAGAUACGUGGAGAAGGACGGCCGAGCCCUGGUCUUUGUGAUCGCAACUUCCAAUGUCUUUUGUCGAGUCUUCGAAUUCGAUUUCGGCUGCCGUUACCGCGAGUUCCUGUCUGCCAGCACCAAGAAGAGGGCCGAUCUCAAGCUUGA